AUGGGCAACCAGGACGGCAAGUUAAAGAGAGGAGCCACCACAGGGGAUGGAAAUGACGGGACUGUGGACAAUGGAGGCCUGUGUGAUGCAGAGGGCAACACAAAGAAAGGAUUUCAUGGGAAGAAGCAUCAUGGUAAGCACAGCAAAGGAGGAGACACAGGCAAGAGGAAGGCCAAGUCAGAGUCAAAGUCGUCUGUGUUUUCAAACAUACGCAAACGUAAGAACCUUAAAAAGGGCCUUUCUGCAAGCUCUAAAGAGGAUAUAUUGGAUUCCCAGGAGGAGUUGGAUAGUGUUCAGUCACUGCGCAACAAAACCCCCAAGCUCAGCCUCUCGGGCGAUGAGCUAGGACACUCGGAUGCCGACGCUGAGCCACCCUGCCCGCCACUUAAAGAGAUCCAGCCACCAGUCCCUCCUGAAAAGCAGGAACAACAAAGAGGCAGCUCAGGCUCUGAUACGGACAUCUACAGUUUUCACUCUGCGACUGAGCAGGAUGAUUUACUUGCAGAUAUCGAGCAGGCUAUUAGGCUCCAGCAGGGGGUCAUUAUUCCCAGCGCUGAGAAUAUGCCGAGAUGGACUAAUGCUGCGGAGCUUAAAAAGACCACUGCCACCAAGACUGCUACAACCCCCACCUCUGAAACAGAGCCCCCCUCGUUAGUUCAGGCAGAAAAUAGGCUCUUGGCUGAUGUGGAUUUGCCUUCCCUGGUCAUAGCAGAGAAGCAGCAGAAGGAGGGGGAGAGGUGUGUAUCCUCCACGGCUGCUGUGAAUGGAGAACUAAGCAGUUCUAAGGCCUUUUGUGUUUUUCAGUCUGCACCGGUGGCAGCUGCUCUACUCCCUCAAGGGACAAAAGAGGGAGAGGGCAUGUGUAGUGAGGAUGUAGCCGCUUCGCUACCACCCCCCACCACAACAAGCGACGUACAGGGGGGAGAUGACAGCAUGGUUGCUACGACAACCAGCAUUAACAGCUUUCCUGACCUCACUGCCUCAUUUGAGAGUGCAGUCGAGGCUGUUGAGGAAGUUGAGGAGGAAAAGGAGCUUGAUAACAGCCCAACCCUUACACCUCAACACUCUGAAGAGAACUCUGUCUGCACAAUAAGUAGUCAGAGUCACAAGGACACCAUCUUGGAUGUGGAAAAUAUUUAUGUAAGAAGUAGCGUGGCUAUCUCUGAUCCAGAGGAACAUGAUGCAAAUAUUUUGGAUACAGACUCUACUACUUUGGAGGAGAGACCAAGAUUUCCAUCCCCAGCAUUCAAGAGACGUAAAAGUGUUGUUUCAGAUUCCCUGUGGUCGCAGGAGAGUCUUCUGGCUACUCCCAAGUCCAUACAGACAACACCUGUCUCCAGCCCACAGGUGAAACCUUAUCCUCCUGUCCAUUCAUACUACAUUAAGACAACCACACGCCAGCUCAGUGGUUCCACCAGCGGUUCUCCUGCUCCUUCACCAGUACACAGUCCCUUAUUUUCUAGGCGUCACCAAGAGGACCGGCCAGGAGAGAAGUGGCAACGGAAACGUAAAAGAUCUUACAGUAUAACUGGACCUAUUAGCCGCUCUGCGGACUGGACUGAAGAGCUUCAAAACCGUCCGUUGGCUCCAAAGGCUGGGUCUGCUGACUAUUUGGAAUAUAGGGGUUUGGACGAACGUUUGCAAGGUGGCAGCCAGCCUUUGUGUGCAGCCCGCCGAUCCUCAUGUGGUCAGACUUGCACUUUUCAAGAUGUCUUCACAGGUCGUACUUUGUUGGAAAGGUUUUUCCAACAGCAGAAGGAUGCUCAGCCAGAGGAAGCAGAAAAGUUGUGCUCCCGUAUCCUUGCCAUGGGCCUUCUCUUACCCUUUGGCGAUUGUUUCCGUGAACAGUAUAGCAGCAGCACUUCUCAGAUUACUCCAGAGUUCAAUCAAGACCAGUUGUAUACCUGGGCUGCCAUUAGCCAGCCGCCCCACUCUUUGGAGGGUCUCGAGGGCCGUCUUCCUGGACACCUAAAAACCCUUUGGCCUCCAGGCCGAAUGGAAGCAGAGAAGCCAGGACUGAAGUACACAGAGGCAGAAGACAGUGAGGAACACCAGGGGGAGCAUCUUGUUCUGCAACAGCAGGAGCAGCAGCAGGAGCAGCAGCAGGAGCAGCAGGAGCAGCAGGAGCAGCAGGAUAUAGAGGACCUGCAGGAGGAAUCGGUGUUAAAAACUGUUCGGCUGAAGAAGGAACAUGUGAAUGUGAUUCAGCAGCUUGAACAGACGAUUGAAGACCUUCGUACCAAAAUUGCAGAGCUAGAGAAACAGUAUCCUCUGCUGGAAAAGGACAUCAGCACGAAGGACCAAGAGUGUGGUGGGGAAGAGGGACUUUUGAAGGACACGUGUGAUGUGGACCUGCAAACUGAAGAAGGGUUAAGUCAACAACUCACAAGUAGUUUAGAAGCCAAGUCAGUACAAACAUCACCAUUGGAGGAGGGCUUAAAGUUUACAGUGCCUUCAAACUCCACUCUGCUCCACAUGAUAGGGCCUCCCUCAGGGUUGCCGUCUGACCAUACCGACAUCCCUAAUCUGCCAGUGCCACAGUUACCCACAUCUGCAACAGGCAUCUUGUGCCAAUGCCAGCAGAAGCAGCAACAGAAUGAUCUGCAGCCAUCUUUUGAAGCACCUCCCUUGCCUGCCCUCUCAGACUCCUCAUGCCCUCUGUCUAAUGCAGCAUUACCACCACCUCCUCCAUCGUUACCUUCUCAGCCAGAAUGUGUAGCAACUCCUCCUCUUCCAAUGAUUGGACUCCAUUUGCCUCCACCACCUCCACCCUUACCAGGGGAGGGAUACGCUGUACCACCACCCCCACCCCCUCCACCACCCCCACCCUUACCAGGGAUGGGACACGUUCCACCUCCACCACCCCCACUGGGAAUCGGACACCCACCCCCUCCACCACCCCCACCCUUACCGGGGAUGGAACACCCACCCCCUCCACCACCCCCACCCUUACCAGGAAUGGGACACCCACCCCCUCCACCACCCCCACCCUUACCAGGGAUGGGACACCCACCACCUCCACCUUUACCAGGGGUUGGACCUCCACCACCCCCACCCUUACCAGGGGUUGGUCCUCCACCUCCCCCAGCUUUAAUGGGGAUGGGACCCCCACCACCACCACCUCCACCACCCCCAGGCAUAGGUCAGCCACCACCCUUGCCGCUGCCCCCAGGGGCUUUCAACCUAACUCCAUCCUUUGGUUUGGGAUCUCUACCCCCACCUUUACCCCCAGGAAUGUAUGCAUUGGCCAUGCAGCAGGAGAAGGCACCUCGCAAGGGACUAGUGGAACCUCCGAGACCCAUGAAGCCUCUGUACUGGACAAGAAUACAGCUUCAAGAGAAAAAGGAAUCAAGUCCUCUGGUGUGGGACAUGAUUGAGGAACCCAAAGUAGACUUUGACGAAUUUGUGGAAAUGUUCUCAAAGCGUGCUGUAAAGGAGAAGAAGAAGCCUCUCUCUGACACCAUUACUAAAUCCAAAACCAAACAGGUGAUGAAACUAUUGAACAACAAGCGUUCUCAGGCAGUGGGCAUCUUGAUGUCUAGCCUCCACCUAGACAUGAAGGACAUUCAACACGCAAUAUUGAACCUAGACAACACUGUGGUUGAUACGGAAACCUUGCAAGCUCUCUUUGAAAAUAGAGCCCAACAAGAUGAGAUGGAUAAAAUUGAAAAGCACAUCAAGUCAACAAAGGGAAAAGAAAGUGCAAAACCUUUGGACAAACCAGAACAGUUCCUCUAUCAGUUGUCCCAAAUCCCCAGUUUCUCAGGAAGGGUAUUUUGUAUCCUCUUUCAGUCAACUUUUACUGAAAGUAUAAGUUCAAUUCAUCGCAAGCUGGAGGUUUUGCAGAGAGUCUGCUCAGCUCUACAAAAAGGUCCGGCUGUGAUGAAGAUUUUGGGUCUUGUGUUAGUCUUUGGUAACUACAUGAAUGGAGGAAAUAGGACUCGAGGCCAAGCUGAUGGUUUUACCCUGGACAUCCUCCCAAAACUGAAGGAUGUGAAGACCAAUGACAAUAAAGGAAGUCUUAUAUCUUACAUUGCGGCCUACUACGUCAGGAACCUUGAGGAUGCCAAGGACCCACGCACAUGUCCUAUUCCCGAGCCUCAGGAUCUUUUUCAGGCCUCCCAGAUGAAAUUUGAAGACUUUCAAAGGGAUCUCUCAAAGUUAAGAAGAGACUUAGUUGCAUGUACAACACAGAUGGAAUCAGUGUGCAAAGUAUCUUCAGAAGAACACCUACAACCCUUCAAAAACGAAAUGGAGGACUUCCUACUCAAAGCAAAAACUGACUUGGAGGCUCAAGAGACACAGCUGGCAGAAACUCAUAGGAUAUUCUUAGAUUUAACUGUUUACUUUUUGGUGAAGCCUAAAUCUGGGGAAAAGGAGGUAUCACCUAAUACCUUCUUCUCAAUUUGGCAUGAGUUUUCGACUGACUUCAAGAGUCACUGGAAGAGGGAGACCACAUUAAUGCUGCAGGAAAGAGUAAAAACUGCAGAGGAACACUUCAAGCAAGUGAAGGAGAAGGCCAAUUAUAGUGUCAAACCCAGAGAAGCUUCUGGAAUUAAAGCCAAACUGGGAAUUGGGAAGACUUAAUGAUGUAAAAAAAAUAGUGAAUGUGGGCAAUGAAGCCUCUCCUGUUCUACUGGUCAUCAGAGGAAUGUCAUGUACUUUGGUAUAUCAAGGCUCUUUGUGUGGAAUGUAACAGCAGCACCAUUUCAAACUCACGAAAGUACAAUUACAACAACAAAAACAUUCGUCCUGAAAUCCAGCAUGAUGACACUAUAUAUCCCGGAAUCUUAGUUCAGUAUAGUUUGCAAUCAUUGUUAAAGCAAUAUUAUUAUCUUUGUGUGUGUGUGUGUGUGUGUGUGUGUGUGUGUGUGUGUGUGUGUGUGUGUAUGUGUGUGUGUGUGUGUGGCAAACGUGAGAGUAGGGAGAGACUACUGAGGAGAGAGUUACAUGUCUGUUUUACUGACAUAUGUAGAAUAUGAUUUUACCGUGCCCAGUGGUGCAUUGUGUCAAUCCCUAAGGUUUUAAUGGGUUUUAAAGUUAAUGAUUAACCUAUGUCCAAUUAAAAGAAUGCACAACAUCUACUAGACACCAUAUAAAUCAUUAUAACUCUCAUGCAUAUGAGUUGGUAGAUGGAGAUAAAGCACAGAAAGGUCAUUGUUAUCUCCACUCUUUCAAAAAACAUUCUUUUCUGUCUGGUUAUGUGGUCCUCCGCUGACAGAUGCUUGUAAUGAUGAGGGAUAUAUUCAGAACAAAAGCUUCAUGUUAUGGAAAUAUGGAAUGCUCAUCAUCACCAGUUUCAAAAAUAUGAAAAAGUGUGUUAAAUAAUCUGAGCACUCUUAAAUAAUCCUACUACUUCAAAGUGUGAAUAGUGUUUGUUUGAGCAAGUGUGAGGCAUUACCUUUGUGUAAAUUAAUUUUACAAAAUAGAUUUUCAUUGACCAUGCCUGACUUUUGUUUCUCCUGAAUUGUAUGUAAAAAAGGUAUAAUGAUCCAAUGUAAAGAGAACUUCAUUCUUCCAGCAUGUGAGUUUUGCGUUCAAAGUGUUACUCAUUGAAUAAUUCAAAAGUUCAGAGUUUAUUUCAUGUGCAAUAAAUGUGUAUUUUUGUUUUAAGAACAAUAUAAUAUGUAAAAUAAAAGGACGAAUAAAGUCCAUGUUUAAUUCUGA